AAUACUACCCAAUCCCACUAGAAUUCAGCCUUGUCCACUUUGAAAGCCCGAAUCCCGCCCACCUAAAGCCCACUAAAACCCAACAUAUAUGAGCCCACUAUACGAUCCAAUUCAUUGCAGCGGACCGGAUGACCGAAUCGUAAAACAAUCAAACCAGUCGAAAGGAAGAACCAAGUACAGCACUGGAACACGGGAAGCCGAAAUCCGCCAUGGAAGGUGAGGAAAUCGCCGUCGGCAGCUCCCUCUCUAUCAAGACCACCUUUGGCGACGAAUUCGAAGGCCAGGUCCUCACCUUCGAUAGCUCCUCCAACAUUCUCGCGCUUCAUAUCCUUUUCUUACUGAUUCUAUGUUUUUUUGUCUCCAUUUCCUGCCGAUCUCUGUUUCGAAUUUCUGUUUUUGGGGCAAGCCCUAAUAAAUUUGAGUUUCUUAACUUAGUGGGUGACCACAAGAGAGCUCGAAAUCGGGACCUAGGAAGAAUAUUAGAAUGUUGAAGGCUAAUUAUAUAAAGGAUUUCACGUUCCUGGGUCAAGGUGAAGAUCCACUUGAAUCCAGGAAGUGUUGUUUGGAUAUUACUACUCUCCGAGAGAAGGAAGAAAUAGCCAUUAGGCAAGCAGAGGCAGAGGCUGAGAGAAUUGGAGUUGGUGUUACUAGUGAGGCCCAGAGCAUUUUUGAUGCUUUGUCUAAGACGCUUCCUGUGCGCUGGGACAAAACUGUCAUAGUUGUUAUGAAUGAGGUACGUGUUAGCAGUCCGUAUCUUCCAGAAUCUGUUAGUGGAGGAACUCCUGCAGCUAAUGAGCGGGUUAGAAAAGUGCUUGAGUUGGAGAGGAAGAGGCUGCAAACUCGUGGUACCAGUCAGUGAUGACUAACCUUCUUGUUGCUGUCUUUGGCACGUUUUCUUGUGGUAUGAUGCAAUGGAAAAGGCUGGGCAUUGUCGUUUGAGUUAAUUGUUGUUUGUAACAGUAGUUUCCAGCUUUACAGAUAAUGCAUGUCUGGUGCAACUACUGAUAUGCAAAAUAAACUUUUGCCUCUUAGAUAAUAUGACAUGUUAUGUCUGUGGGAGUCAUAUCAAUUUGGUAUAUAAUGCCUAGCCUACUUGUCCUCUUAGAUAAUAUGAUAUUAAUCUCAUAGAAGGAACAAAAUUGUUGGUUUUGUAUUAAAAUGCAUGUGCACGGACAUGUUCCAAAACCCUAGAGAAGUCUUAAAGA